AUGUCCCUAGCCUGCCCAAGGCUCUGGGUCCUGGUGGUCCUAGGCACUGGGUUGUUGGGCUUGGACCAUCAUGGAGUUGAAGCAGCUGUCCGACAUCGCUACAUAGCCGCUCAGAUCAUCGAUUGGAAUUAUCACCCUCAGACCAACGACCCAAGUUUAAAGCCCUCAGAAUCUACUUUUAAGAAAAUGGUCUACAGAGAAUACGAUGCAAAUUUCAUACAAGAAAAACCAAGAUCUAACAUUUCAGGACUUCUUGGACCUACUCUUUUUGCUGAAGUUGGAGAUAUUUUGAAGGUUCACUUUAAGAAUAUGGCUAAGAAGCCUUUAACCAUUCAUCCUCAAGGAAUCGAAUACAACAAACUGUCAGAAGGUGCCUCUUAUGCAGACCAAACAUCCCCUGUGGAGAAACUGGAUGAUGCUGUCCCUCCCGGUCGGGAAUAUACCUACACAUGGCAGAUCACUGAAGACAGUGGGCCCACGGAUGAUGACCCACCUUGUCUCACAUACAUCUAUUACUCCUAUGAAAACUUAGUACUGGAUUUCAACUCUGGCCUUGUUGGACCUUUGUUUGUCUGUAAGAAAGGCAGCUUGACUGAGGAUGGCACUCAAAAGAUGUUUGACCAGCAACAUGUGCUGAUGUUUGCUGUAUUUGAUGAAAACAAAAGUUGGCAACCAUCUCCUUCCCUAAUGUAUACGGUCAACGGCUACGUGAAUGGAACACUGCCAGAUGUAACAGUCUGUGCCUAUGACCAGAUUAGUUGGCAUCUAAUUGGAAUGAGCUCUGGCCCGGAAUUAUUUUCUAUUCAUUUCAAUGGGCAGGUCCUAGAACAUAACUAUCGCAAAGUCUCAACCAUCCCCAUUGUUGGAGGCACGUCAAUCACUGCAAAUAUGACUGUGAGCCAUGAGGGAAGGUGGAAGAUAUCUUCUCUCAACCCAAAGCAUUUUCAAGCUGGGAUGAAGGCAUACCUCAAAAUUGAAAAAUGCCCCAAAGCGACCAGAAAGGUAAAGAAAUUAACCCGUGAACAGAGGCGUUACAUUAAGAAGUGGGAGUACUUCAUUGCUGCAGAGGAAGUCAUUUGGGACUAUGCCCCAGAAAACGAAGACAAUAAGGACAAAAAAUAUAAAUUUUGGCACACCAAUUUGGGAAACCAAAUUGGAACACGUUAUAAGAAGGUUGUCUACAAACAGUACCAAGAUGGAUCUUUCACUAAACGCGUGGAAAGUAGUGAUCCCCAAGAAACUGGUAUCUUGGGACCAAUCAUUAGGGCCCAAGUCAGAGAUACCCUCAAAAUUGUAUUCAAAAACAUGGCCAGCCGUCCCUACAGUAUUUAUCCUCACGGAGUAACACUUACCACAGCUGAAGAAACAACUACCAAUUUUUCUACUUCAGACAAUAACACUCUGAUUAGAGCUGUCCAACCAGGAGAAAUUUAUACUUAUAAGUGGAACAUUCUGGAGUCUGAUGAACCUGCGGGAAAUGAUGCUCAGUGCUUAACAAGACCAUAUUAUAGUAUCGUGGACAUCCAAAGGGACAUUGCUUCCGGCCUAAUUGGGCUACUCUUGAUUUGUAAAAGCAGAACUUUGAACAACCGCGGUGUACAGAGGACAGCAGAUUCUGAGCAACAAGCUGUGUUUGCCGUAUUUGAUGAAAACAAAAGCUGGUACAUUGAAGAAAAUAUCAACAAAUUUUGUGAAAACCCCUCUUCUGUGAAAAGGGAUGAUCCCAGGUUUUAUGAGUCAAACAUCAAGAGCACAAUAAAUGGCUUUUUGCCCGAGAGUAUACGAACCCUGGGAUUUUGUUAUGACGACACUGUCCAGUGGCACUUCUGCAGUGUGGGCACCCAGGAUGACAUUUUGACUCUUCACUUAACUGGCCAUUCAUUCUUAUAUGGAAAAAGACAUGAGGAUGUCCUGACUCUCUUCCCUAUGAGUGGAGAAUCUGUGACUGUCACAAUGGAUAAUGUUGGAACUUGGAUGCUGACUUCUAUAAGUUCUAACCGGAGGAGUCAACACCUCAGACUGCGAUUCAGGGAUGUUAAAUGUAUACGGGAUUAUGAGUAUGGAUACAAUGAAAUUCAAUUUUAUGAUGAUGUGGAAAAGGUUGUCACAGAGAAGAAUAAAAUCACUAACAAAAACAUGCCUGCUCCAGUGGAAUAUAAAUUGGAAGAUGAUAGUGAUUACCAGGAAGGACUGGCUUUUCAGUUGGGCCUUAGAUCAUUUAAAAAUUCAUCAGGACCCCAGAAGGGGGAUGAACUCCUCAAUCUGACUGCUUUGCUUCUGGAGGAAAUUUCUGACAUGAUACCUCCAAAUGUGAAUGCAUCUUUGGAUGCCUAUCAGCUUUCCCUGAAAGACCCUGGUGGCAUUCCCAAACCUCAAGCCAAUCUUCCUUAUUUAGUAGGCACAACAACUGGUCCUCACCUGGAGAACAUCACCACUACCACUACACAACACUCCAUUGCAUUACACCCUGUAGACUCCAUUCUGAAGAAUCCUAGGUCCCAUUCUGAAGAACUUGUCAAGGAGGACAUGCAUUCAGAUGCAAUGGGGACAGCCUUGUCUCCUCUUGGUGCAGAAGAAUUCCAGAGCCAAGAAGAUGCCAAAAAAGGAACCAGUCAGGCCAAUGAGGAGACUUCCAAAGUUACCACUACCCCAGCUAACCAACCUGAGACAGAAAGAAAUAUAUCAGCACAAAUCAGUCAUACACAGGGAGAACUACCAAUAGGCAAUGUGAGGGAAAAUUUAACUUCAGAACAGCCUCAUCUUCAGAGGAAUGACAUUCACAACUCCAGAGCAGGAAUACAAGAUCUAGAUGAUCUGGUAGUUGUUAACCAGAAGAACCCACCACAGGUUUUGACUGGGAAAUGGAAUUUGGUUUCUGAAAAAGGGAGCUAUGAAAUCAUCAAAGAUUCAAAUGAAGAUGAGGUUGAAGAUAAGCAGUUGAAGAGCUCCCAGGAUGCCAGAACAUCUUGGGGAGAAGGAAUUCCUUCUGCUAAUAGGCACAAACCUUUAAAAAUAGGAAAGAACACAGUAAAUGGUAGGUUCCGGAAAUCACUUUUGAUUAAGACUCGAAAAAGGAAAAGAGUCAAUAAGUUUGUACACAAUGUACCUAUGUCCCCCAGAGGUUUCAGGCCUCUACAAGGAGGGUACAAUUCCACAUUGCCCCAUAGAGGGUUCAAUCAUUCACUCUUACGCAAUGAAUCCAUCAAGAUGGAUCAUAUAGACCUAGAACAAAUAUUCCCCAUUUUAGACCUUGAUCAGAAUUUCUCCUCUGUGGACCUGGGUCAGAAAAUUCCCCCUCCAGAAUUUGGUAAGAUAGCUUCUGAUCCAAAAUUCAAUGAAACAUUCUCUACUCUAGACUCUGUUCCUACAUCCCAUCCUGCAGAUUUCUAUCAAACAUUAUCCACUACAGAUUUUGAUCAAACAUCUUCCCCUCCAGACCCUUAUGAAACAUCCUCCCCUCCAGCUCUUUUUCUUCAGACUCCUUUUUCUCCCUACCUUUAUGAGACAACUCCCCCAUCAAACUUCCAUGAAGCUUCCUUCCCUCCAGAUCUCAAUGAGAGUCCUUCCCCUCCAAACUUCUAUGACACAUUUCUCCCUUCAGACCUCCAUGAAGUAGCCUUCCCUCCAGAUCUCAAUGAAGGUUCUUCCCCUCCAAACUUCCAAGAGACAGCUCCCCCUCCAGACUUCUUUGAAGCAUCCUUCCCUCCAGAUCUCAAUGAGAAUCUCAAUGAAAGUCCUUCCCCUCCAAACUUCCAAGAGACGACUCCCCCUCCAGACCUGCUAGAUCUCAAUAAGACUCCUUUCUCUUCAGACGUCUAUGAGACAGCUACCUCCAUGGGAUUCUCUGAGUUAUCUUACCCUUUAGUUCAUGAUCAGAUAUUUUCCCCUUCAGAUCUCUAUGAGGAAUCUUCCUCUUCAGACCUUAGUGAGAUGUCCUCCCCUCCCUUUCUUGACCAGGAACUCUUUCUUACUGACCUCUAUCAAACAUCAUCUCUUCCAUUUUUUGAUCAGACAUCUACCACUCCAGAUCCUUAUGAGAUAUACUCUUUUCCAGACCCUGAUUGGAUAGAUUCUCCUCCGGACUUCUAUCAGCCAUCCUCCCCUUCAGAUUUCAACCAGACUUCCUUUACUUUUGAUCCAAAUCAGACUAAUUUCUUACCAGAGGCUGGUCAGAUAUUCCCUACUCCGGAACCCAGCGAAAACUUCCCUUCAAACCUUAGUCAGACACCCCUUUCUCCAGUCCUUGAAUCCGUUGAGUCCCAAUCACUUCCACCCAGAAACAAUGAUAUACUGAUACAAAGACAGAUGACUUCAGCAAUUAUAGUGGGCCUUACCAAAGAUGAUGGGGAUUAUAUUGAAUAUGAUCCAGGGCAAGAUGUCAAAAAAAGUGAAGAUGAGUAUGAUUAUGAUUACUAUGUACAGUAUGAUGACCCUUAUCAAACAGAUAGAAGGACAGAUACCAGCUCACGCCGAAACCCUGACAACAUUGCAGCACAGUAUCUCCGAAGCCAUAAAGGAAAUAGAAAAAAUUACUACAUUGCAGCUGAGGAAGUACUUUGGGAUUAUUCGCAAUUCUCAAAAAGCAUGAGGCAAGAUGAUGAUGCUGAUAAUAUCAGAGGAAACACAGAGUAUAAGAAAGUGAUUUUUCGGCGCUAUCUGGACGGUACCUUUUCAGUACCUGAUCCUCGGGGAGAAAAUGAAGAACAUCUUGGUAUCCUUGGUCCUAUCAUCAGGGCCGAGGUGGAUGAUGUGAUCCAAGUAAGCCAAUUUUAAAGCAUUUCCAUCAAUGGUCAAAUCUACAAUUUGCCUGGCCUAAGGAUGUAUGAAAAAGAGAAUGUGAGAUGGCACUUGCUGAACAUGGGCGGUUCCAGGGACAUCCAUGUGGUUCAUUUUCAUGGUCAGACCUUGCUGAAAAAUGGAACCCAACAGCAUCGUUCAGGGGUCUGCCCUCUGAUUCCUGGUUCAUUUAAAACUCUUGAAAUGAAAGCGUCAAGACCUGGUAUAUGGCUCUUAGACACUGAGGUGGGAGAAAAUCAAAAAGAAGGAAUGCAAACACCAUUCCUUAUAAUAGAUAAAGAAUGCAAGAUGCCCAUGGGCUUAAGCACUGGCAUUAUAGCCGAUUCACAGAUAAGUGCAUCUGAGCAUCUGGGUUAUUGGCACCCUAAAUUAGCAAGGUUAAAUAAUGGUGGAUCUUACAAUGCUUGGAGUACAGAAAAACGAGGAAACUCUCUUUCAACUGAACCCUGGAUCCAGGUGGAUUUUCAACGAGAAGUUGUACUUACCGGGAUUCAGACCCAAGGGGCCAAACAGUACCUGACCUCCUACUAUAUCACCCAAUUCCGCAUUGCAUAUAGCUCUAACGGAAGAAUGUGGAAAUACUUCAAAGGGAAUAGCACCUCAAAACAGGAGUACUUUGAGGGUAAUUCAGAUGCUUCUUCCAUCAAAGAAAAUCUCUUUGACCCACCCAUUGUAGCUAAAUAUAUUAGGAUCAACCCAAUUCAUUCCUACAACAGACCUACUCUUCGACUGGAAUUGCAGGGCUGCGAGUCAAACAACAAUAAGCAAUGGCUUCAGAUAGACCUGCUCAAACCCAAGAAAAUAACAGCAAUUGUAACUCAAGGUGCCACGUCUUUGUCAAGUGAAAUGUAUGUGAUGACUUACGCCAUCUUCUACAGCGAUCACGGCACAUCAUGGAAACCUUAUAAGGAUAAAUUGUCUAUGACGGAAAAGAUUUUUGUGGGAAAUGUUAAUCCCAAAGGACACGUCAAGAAUUUUUUCAACCCACCCAUCUUUUCCAGGUUCAUCCGUAUCAUUCCCAAGUCAUGGAAUCAAAGCAUUACUCUUCGAUUAGAACUCUUUGGCUGUGAUAUUUACUAGAGCUAGGAUAAAUAUUAUGCAUUCAAAAGCAGAAGGACUACCCUUCAAGUACCUAAAUGCUUUAGAACUAGCCAUAUAUUUUAUAGUUUCUAACAUUCAGAUUUUAAAACAAUUUUUCCACUGUUGCUUUUUUUUCUCUCAUCUGGAAAAUAUUGAGGAUUUGCACAUGAGGCUUUUCUAGUUUAUUUUUUUUCUCCCACCAUGAAAUAAGAAGAUCUGAUUUGCAGCAGUCAUUACAUUAACAUGGAAAAAAUAGUGAAGGUUGUUAGUACCCGGAUCACUAGCUGAGAAGUAAAACAUUGUUGAUCACAAAUGGAAUCUCAACUGGGACUCCAGAAAACUUCAAUCUGGGUGAUUUUUAGCCCAGAUGUCCUCAGUGGCAUAGGCUCUUAAUAGUGUUAAUGUGUUGUACUCAUAUUUCCAGGAAAGUGAUUUGAGGUCAUAAACCUGAAGCAUUUGGAAAGCUGGUCAGAGAUAAGAUGGCCAAUUUCAAAGUUGGAAACUUUGAAAACCCUGUGAAGUCAUUAAUAAAAACUCUUUGCUAUUUUGCAAUAAUGAA